AUAUAUAUAUAUAUAUAUGUAUGUAUAUGUAUGUAUGUAUGUAUAUACUAGGAUGUUAGCCAGCCCAAUGGCACUGCUCAUACAACAGAUUUCCCAAUCCAAUUAAAAAUCAAUGAACCGUUAUUUUUUAAAUAAAAAUAAAUACUCCCAAAAUUGAAAAAACGUGGAAUAAAUUAUAUUACAGGUUAACACCCUGUAUACAUACAGGGCUAUUUUGUUUUAAUGAAUGUUUUAUUGUUUGUAGUUUUAUAAGUUUUAAUGUAACACAUAUGUAAUCAAAUGUACACCAAAGCAGUGUACAUAUUUUGACUGAUUUAGGGAGGACACACAUUGUCUGAGGGUUGUGGCAGGGGCCUAGGGUAGUUAUACGCUAGCUAAACCUACGGGGAGGUUAUAAAUGUCCCCUUAGAGUAAGGCUUCCAUCAACUUAAGGCUUAUUUUUAGCCUGAAUGUAUAUAUUUUAUUUAUUUUAAAAGACCAUGACACAUUACUUAGUUGUAAAAUUUCCAGAGGAGGAUUUAGUGGAGGUAGUUCCGGAAACAUGGUUUUCUCAUGAGACUGGGAAGUGUUUUUUUCCAUCAAAAAUGGACUUAAAAACAUUUAACAAUUAUGUUUUAAAAAUGUUCCCCCCAGAAGACAGUUGGAAAAAAUUUACAGGCAUUGCUUUGUGGAAAACAACUGAUUACAAAAUAGCGCACGAUAAAGCCACUUUAGCAUUAGAUACUUCAGAUCUUAAUACUGAUACAAAAACAACAGGAAAAAAGAGAAAGAGAAAGGAAGUUCAAAGAUUUGAAAUUCUCAAUGAAAAUGAUGAGCCUAAUGUUGAUUUUUGUCCUAAUAAGUUGUCACUUCAUGGAACAUCAAGUAGCACUAGAAACACGUGUGCCCCAAAUGUAGAGUGUAAAAUUUUUCCUCCUAGUAAUGAGAAGUCGAUUCCUUUUUCAAUAUUUAACAAAAGUUCUGUUUCAUUAAAUAGUUCUUUAGAUAAUGACACUAGUUCAUAUUUUCAAAAUGGUCAAAUUUUGUCACCAAAUAAUAGGACAGAUUUAAUGAUGGAUAAGAUUUUAGAAAAGCUCGUUGUGAUGGAAAACAGGCAGAAAUCCAAUGAAAAGAUAUUAAAAACUAUUCUUAUGAGGUUAGAAAGCUGUACAAAUGAGUCUUCAAUUGAAGAUUUACCUGUCACAUUGCCUGUUCAAAAUUGGCAGGAUUUGAUAAUAUUAGUUGAAAUGAGUUCUUCUGUUGGUUUGUCAAGGUUGCUUGGUGUAAUUGGUGGGAGCAAUUUGAAAUCAAUUACAUAUAACAUAAUGAAUCAGCUAGUAUGUCAUGAACUAGCACUAAAAAUGAAUUGGAGUGAUAAAUACAAAAAUAAACACGCCUUUGGAAAGUUAAAAAAAAUUCCUGGCAUAGUAUAUAUUGCAGUUCAAAAGCAUGAAAAAAGAGGAAGUAAUGCAGAUGUUGAGAAGUGCAUAAAAAGGUGGCUAAUGCAAGCUCCGGACAGAAAUGGUGGCCGCGCACAACGUGCUUUAAAAACUUUAACUCAAAACUCUUGAAUUUUCUUUGAUAUAUUAUAUUUUACUUUCAUUACUUAAGUAUAACAUUUUUUUUAUA